GUCAAAAGCUCUGAUGAGAAUGUGUUGCAAUACAUCCAGUGAAGUGAUCUGUGGGUCCACAGCAAAAGUCCGGAACUCAGGUUGCAAGAAGCCUUCACAUUUCUGCAGAAAUUGCACAUAGGUUGGGGCCAUGGCCACCUUUACACGGCAAGAGUUUUACCAGCAGCUGUUGAGCAGUUGUGUAUUGCCGACUGCUCAGCAGGGUUUUGAACAGGUUUGGACUCUGCUGCUCUUGUGUCUAGCUUGCCGUCUCCUAUGGAGGUUAUCUCUGCCAUCCUAUGCUAAGCACCUGAGCACUGUCGCUAGUGGCUUCUACGCCCUCUAUCACUUUUUUCAGCUGCAGAUGGUGUGGGUUGUGCUCCUCAGCCUCUUGUGCUACCUGGUUUUAUUCCUGUGCCGCCACUCAACCCAGCGUGGAGUUCUGCUCUCCAUCACCAUCCUCAUCUAUUUGCUUAUGGGAGAGAUGCAUAUGGUAGACACUGUGAGUUGGCAUAAGAUGAGAGGUGCCCAGAUGAUUGUGGCAAUGAAGGCUGUGUCAUUGGGCUUUGAUCUGGACCGGGGCGAGGUGCCAACCAUUCCAUCCCCAGUUGAGUUCAUGGGAUAUAUCUAUUUUGUUGGAACAGUUAUUUUUGGACCCUGGUUCCGCUUUCACACCUAUCUGCAGGCUGUAGAGAGCAGGAAAAUAACUUUCUCCUGGUUUCAGAAGGUCUUUCUGAGCUUCUUCCUCUGCCUUGUGUGCCUCAUCAUGUCCACCUGCAUAGCUCCCUAUCUCUUCUCAUACUUCAUACCCCUCUACAGCUACAAGCAACUCAGGAAGAAGCGCAGAAGCAGAAGUACCUUAAUGAGGUGGCUCAGGGCUUACGAGAGUGCCAGUUCCUUCCAUUUCAGCAAUUACUUUGUGGGCUUUCUGUCUGAGACCACAGCCACCCUGGCAGGAUCAGGUUUUAGAGAGGAAAAGGAGAAUCUGAAAUGGGACCUGACAGUGUCUCAUCCUCUGAGGGUGGAGUUGCCACGUUCUAUGGUGGAGGUGGUAACCAGCUGGAACCAGCCCAUGUCACAAUGGCUAAACUCCUAUGUCUUUAAGAACUCCCUGAAACUGGGGAUCUUCUCAGCCAUCAUUGUAACCUAUGCAGCUAGUGCCCUCUUACACGGGCUAAGCUUCCAUUUGGCUGCUGUGCUGUUGUCACUCGGCUUUAUCACUUACAUUGAACACGUUCUCAGAAAGAGGUUGUCUGUCAUCUUUGAUGCCUGUAUACUCUCCAAGAAGUGUCAGCCAGGAUGCUCACAUCGCCACAGCACGAAUCUCUGGGUUCGUCUCCUCAACCUGCUCUUUGGGGCUCUUGCUGUCUUUCACUUGGCCUACUUAGGCUCAUUAUUUGAUAUGGAUGCUGAUGACUCUGUGGAAGAACAGGGCUAUGGCAUGUCUUAUACCAUCAACAAAUGGUCUGAGCUGAGCUGGGCCAGCCACUGGGUGACCUUCGGGUGCUGGGUCUUCUAUCGUCUCAUCAGCUGAAGCAGGACCUUCCUGUGAACUUGAGGAGAUGGAGCAGGGGAUGGGUGGAGAGGCAGAACUGAUAGACUCCUCAUCUUCAAGAACAUUGGAUACCCACCAUCGACUUGAGUGCCCUGGAUAUUGACCGAUUCCUUCUUACUCUGGGAUGCUGAUGGAGGGAAGGAGCUCCCCAGUUGUGUGCCCUGAGGGGGGAGGAACAUGCAUCCCAUGUAGACAAGGCUGGUUGAGUACCAAGGUAUUCUCCUGAAUACCUAUAAAAAAAAAGCCUUUUCUUCCUUUCCCAACAUGGUCUGGACUAUAGUAUCUAUAAUAUUCUUCCACUGGCUUCCUGGGGCUUGUGGGAGUUGUUAUCCAGAGGGUACCAGAUUGCCAGUUCAGAUCUUGUACACAAUACCUCUUUGAGAAAAAUCUGGCUCCUGUCAGGUCCUUGUUGACACUCCCUCUAGUGGCAAUUGAACAAACAGCACCAGCUUUUCCUUCCUCUCUGAAUUAUUUUUACUGCAUGUUUUGCCUCUUUUUGCUCUCUUGCGGCAGUACGUGGGAGCUGCACCCACUGCUUCCGAGGUACCCCUUGUUACUCCUUAAUGGAAUUCUGUCUUUAGUGUAAAGUCUGAUGAUUAGCCAAUGGGAAUCAUGAUGCUUUAAACUGCAUUGAAGAUGCUGUUGAUUAUCUUUAAAAGUAGGGCAGUUUGUGUAGCUGUAAUAACUUUCUCUGUUUUACUUCUGAAGCCCUUGGAUUUUUUUCAGACAAUCAUAACAGAAGCAUUGUUGAGGCCAUGGAGAAGAGGGCUGGAAAGACUGGGAAGGAGCACAAGCAAUUCUAGCUAGGGAUGAUCCUCAAGAAGAGCUGAAUCUUUUGAAAUGUUCGCUAUCUGAAUCUAUGGAAUUCCUGUUCAUUUCAAUUUUUAUCCACUGUUAUAUGGUGGCAGAAACUGGCAGCAUUUUUUUUAAUCAGAGUGUAGCUGCUCAGAUACUUAAUUCAGCAGUGCCAAAUUUUGCACAGAAGCUUGAACUGCUCUAGUAAUAGCAUACAAUUGAUUUGGAUUAACUAAUAUGGACUAAGCCUUGCUCCAUAGUUUAGUGAAUAUAUUGUGGAUAAAGUGCCCACUAAGUGUUUAAAACAAAAAAGGAGGACAGGGAGAGGAGAACCAUUGUGGCUUCUUGAGAUAUGUUACCCUCCUGUCUUUAUAAAUAAAUCAAAAGCUUAUUUGAGUGGGUUGGAGGAAGUAUCCCCCAAUUUCUGUUAUGUGGUAUUUACAAGCUAAGGAUGGUAUUGUUUCCUUUGUCACUAACAAUGACAGGAUCGCAUGACAGGAUCUCUCCUGAAAUAUAUACAAGCUGUUUAGGUGGUAUACUUCUCAUGGGAAGGACCACCCUGUCAUUGCAGCAAGGAAUUAACCUUUAACCUGUUUUUGUCAAGGGGAGGCAAGAUCAAGACUGGGAACAAUAGGAUCAGAACAUUCAACAUGGACAAUGUCCAAGAAUGGAAAGUUGGAACACUGAACAGUUCUCGAACUCUCUUCUCCUGUAAAAGAAAGCUAAAUGCAAACAAGCCUUUUUCGUGGGGCAGAUAGUCCUGGACUCGCAACCUUCAUUUAGUCAUUGUUCAAAAGGACAACAGCAUUAAAAAAAAAAGUGACUUAGAAUUAGUCACGUUUAAAACUUGUCACAACAUCCCCUCAGUCCCAUGAUCAAAAUUAGGCCACUUGGCAACCGGCAUGUAUUUAUAAUGGUUGUAGCAUCCUGUGGUCAUGAGGUCACCAUUUGUGACCUUUGUGGACAGCUUCCAACCAGCAAAGUCAAUGGGGGAAAUUGGAUUCGGUAAACGACCGUCUGAUUCACUUAACUGCAGUGAUUUGCUUAGCGGCCGGGGCAAAAGAAAGUUGUAAAAUUGGGCAUGAUUUACUUCACCACCACCUGGCUUAGCAAAGGAAAAUCUGGUCCCAGCUAUUAUCAUAGGUUGAGGACUACCUGUACUAUGGAAUUCAGUUCUCUCCAUUUGCAGGCCCAGCAGAAGAAGGUGGUAGAAGGUAGAAGGUGGUAGAAGGCAGAAGACCACUCCAGGUGUGAAGAAAGGUGUCCUUUUUGAAAAUGGCUGCUCUUGUUUUUUUUUUUAAGUGUACAUACUUUGAAAUGAAAUGAAAUAAUAGAAAUGUGCCCAGCAGGGGAUAAGCAGUACUUUUAAAAUGGGGGGGGGGGGUACAGACAGUGGUGGGAUUCAGCCAGUUCGCACCACUUCAGCAGAACCGAUAGCUAAUUUUUUGUUGCCCAGGCCCAGAAUGGACUUCUGGAAGCGGCAUCCACACAGAGAACCAGUUGUUCACAUAUUUGAAUCCCACCACUGGGUACAGAUCAUUCAAUGCUAUCCGGAGCAAUGCCAUUUCUUCUACCUCAUGGAGUAUCCAUAAAGCAGGACUAGCCUGUAGAACAUCCUAGCAGAGACAGGUUUCUUGGCUGCAUGAUUUCAGAUGACAUGGGAGAGUUCGAUCUUAACAGGCCAGAUGAAUUCAGAUCAUGAGAAGAUAUGCGGCAGAAGGCUGCACAUGGAGUUUUCUCCGGUUUAAAAAAUUAAUGCUUGGAUUUAUAAAAGUUUGGAGAGCCAUGUUCUGGAGGUCUAGUAGAGUCACUAGCUGAAUCAGUUCGGGUAGGACAGGAGAGACAAACUAAUGACACCUGACUCAUUAUUGGACAACAAUAUAAGUUCCUAUCACCCUUUCUCUAACAUGCUAGUUUAUUAUGUACGUUGCCAUUUUCAAAAGUGCUUGUGUGAAAAAGCGACCUACACACCAACUACAAAUGGAAGUAUUAGUUUUCCCCCUUAUCCAGAUGUCCCCCCGAGGGUUGGACUUAAGGUUUCUUCCCACAGUUUUUAUUUGCUGGCCAAGAUACAAUGCAAUAAUUUAAAAGGUUGCAUUGUGAUCUGAGUUUUGAUCACCUUGCUACUCUUCCUUGCCUCUGUAAGGGCACAGCAGAAUACAUUUGCAACUGGAUGCAAAAAAUAAGGUCAAAGAGAAUAUUUUAGCAGACAAUGCUUGUUUUUUGUCUGAUACUGGUGCAUGUUGAGCCUCUCUCUUCCAUCCAGCUGUUUAAAACCCUGGAUUCUGAUUCCUUUUAGCAUUUGUUUAUCUGCUAAUCCUUCUUCGGUUUUGGAGGAAUCAAGACCUUGCUGGAAUACAGUCUAGCUUCAUUCCAAGUCUUUUUGUGGACUACACUGUCAAAAUACCAGGAUAUGUCUUCUCUCCCUUGCCUGGGUGAAGCAGAAGAUGCUAUGGACCAUAGGUAGACUAUUAAAUGACUGACUUUUCUUUUUUUAAAAUAUCUUUGAUUUGUUUAUAAAAUAAAUAUUCAGUGGAAACAAAUG